UCCUCAUCCAAAUACUUUAGUUGACUGAUUGAGUACACUAAGGGAGAAGGGUCCUGUAGAAGAGAGAGCGUGUGCUUGAGAGAGCCAGUGACUUUCUUAGGAGUGCUUUGACUCUGUCUCUCUGUCCCAGGAGAGGAGGAGGGCGAUGAGCUGUCCUGCUAAAGCUCUGGAGGGCUGAUUGUUCCCCACCUCAUCGCAUCUCUGUGCCUGACUGUGUGAACUGACCCUCCAGUCCUCCUCAACAGCACAUCUUAUCUGAUUCUGCAGCUCUCUGUCCGAAUCUGCGAGCACCAUGAGCUCAUCUGGGGCAAACCUCCACAACAAGCGUCUACCCUGUCACAGUUGUAAAUGAGAACUUGUUCUCAACUGGCCUAAAUGGUGAAAUAAAAAAAUCCCACCCUCUGCUUGGUGAAAAACAACCCCGGAUUCAGACCAGCGGAGACCGAGCAUGCUCAGAGGGUCCCAGCAAUGGACGCAGCCCAGCAGAUGAAACUGAAAGAGCGACAGCGCUUCUUUGAGGAGGUCUUUCAGCACGAUGUGGAUGUCUACCUGUCCUCUGCCCACUUGCAGAUUCAUGACUAUAAGAGACCUCCCAUUGGCAGUGUCUCAUCCAUGGAGGUUAAUGUGGACAUGCUGGAGCAGAUGGACCUCAUGGACAUCUCUGACCAGGAAGCACUGGAUGUCUUCCUCGGCUCUGGAGGGGAUGAGGGGGUGCUGGCCUCCCCUCUGCCAGGUAAAGUAGUUCAUGGAAACAACAACAACGAUAAGGUAAUCAACCAGGGACGCUCUCUCCACUACACUGACGGUUGUGAUGGGAAGUUCCGCGUGGCCUCCACCUCCUCCACCAACAGCCAGAACACCAAUGAGGACGGACGGGACACCCAAGUCAUCCAAUCAGAUGAUGAAGAUGUGCAUGUCGACACCGUCUUGCUGAUGGGAUCACCCCCAGGGAAAGAUGAGGAGAAGAAUCGGUCUAUCCUCUCUUCCUAGGCGCCUUCCUUCACUUCCAAUAUUCAGUAACAUUUUGGACUUACUGAUGCUUACAAGUAUCACUUAAACUGGACACACACACUUCCAUGGACUGGCAAGACAACUGACACUUUCCACAGCCUUUUCUUUACUGUUCAUUUUGUUUUGCCUGAACUGUACAUAUAAAGCCAACUCUUCUCCAAGCUUGUCCCCAUUUAUACUUCUGGAAUGUAGAUGACAGGACAUUCCUUUUUAUUUCCUCAUUUAGCAUCCUAUUAAGAUCUGGCAAUGUGUGGUACUGUUUUGGGAAGGACAUUUUUGUGUGUAAGCAGGCUUUACUAUACUACAGAUCGGAACAACUGAGUGUUAGUAAAAAAUGUAAUCAUCUGUAUUAACCAGGUUGAAAUAAAGGUUGAAUAAUUUAGGAAAUAAAGAUGUAGAGAAUUAAUAUUUUUUUUGUAAGAACUUUUUUUUCUUUAGAGAGAAACAUAUGAACUGUGCACAACUUUGCCAUGCUUUGUAAAUAUGGCCCUUAGUUCCCAUAUUCCCUAAAAUGUUCAACCAACCCAAAACACCUGCCACAAAUGAGGACAUAUUGUACAUAGUGCUUAGUGGUGCAUUAAUUUAAUUUGACUUAAGGUUCAUUUAUUUUAACUAUGAAUAGGAAUAAAAAAAUAACAUUUGUUUCCUGCAAACAAU